AUGGAAGACCCCUCAACGACCCGUUUGAGGGCUGGGACAUCCCCAGUGACAUGCGGGCUCAUCAUGGCUCCAUGGGCUCCACUGCGGUGCGAACGAAGCGCGUUUCGCACGAACUGGACGAGACGAACAGUCUCUCCAAUGCCAGCGGCCAAGGUCUGGCACCACACACCGAACGAGGAAGCACUCCCGAACGAGGUUGGUCUAUGGCCAGGCGGAGCCGUGUCCUCGCGACAUCAGAGAUUCUCCAAUUUCUUGGCUGACGAGGCUGGGUCGAAGAAGGAUUGGUUCAAGGACCCGGACCGCUUUUCACCCUGGACCUGGCGCAAGCAGCACAACUACUUCUUGGACCGCGGGGCCAAGUUCAUGGUGGUUUACAAGACGCCGACCAUUGUGAGCACCGACCUUUUUGAUCUUGAGAAGUUUGGGUGCUUUCAAGUUCGCGGCUACCAAGGGGGAUCAGGUCUGGCGUACUUGGCCAAAGCUGCCUCGAGCGCCAUGGGGACGAGACAGGAGAAGGUGAAGGACUGGUGGAUCCAUCCACGCAUCGAGUUCUCUGCACCGGUGAGUCGCAUCGGCGUGAGGCUCCAAGACAUGACCAGCGGCGAGCUGCGGUGGGACGCCAUCUACGACCUGGGGAAGGCAUCUUGGAAGAAGCGCGACCCCCUCAAGGAGAAGACGUGUCCGGAAGAUGGGUGGCACCUGUGCGAAGACGAGGACCCGGUGGGAGGCGAAAAGCCCUUCUUCCAGCCAGACUGGUGUCCGGGCCCGAAUGACGGCAUUUCCCACAAGUACUUGCUCACCAUCAAGAACCUCAGCCAAAGGGACUCGCCAGAACAGCCCCUGGUCGGUGAGAUGCUUUUCACCCAGUAUGGCAUCAAUCAGCUGGACAACACGUACUCCUUCGAGAUGCAUGCGCCGCUGUCGGCGGAAGACCAGAACAAAUUCAACGAGAUCCAAGGCAUGCGAAAGGCUGGCCCACUCAGUCGUGCCACUGGCCGUGGUGGCAGCCCGGAAGGCUUGGCCAUGGAGGCUGGCCGUGGCAAGGUGCCAGACAAGGCAGACCUGCUGGAGCAGGCUACAGGUGUUCAAGUGCCCCAGGGCGGGUCCGCUGCUGACAUCGCGAAGGGGCAGAUGGGCGAUAGCGCCUACAGCAAGAUCUUGGACAACAGUGAUUUCGCCAAGACUUUGUGA